AGGAGAAACACAUUUAUUGGAACCCCCAUACUGGAUGCGCCAGAAGUAUUGCCUGUGAUGAAAAUCCAGAUGCUACUUAUGAUUACAAAGUGACCUUUGGUCAUGUGGCAUUACGGCCAUUGAGAUGGCAGAAGGAGCUCCCCCCCUCUGUGACAUGCAUCCAAUGAGGGCGCUGUUUCUUAUACCCAGAAACCCUCCUCCACGGCUGAAAUCCAAGAAAUGGUCAAAAAAGUUCUUUAGUUUUAUAGAAGGUUGUUUAGUGAAGAACUACAUGCAGAGACCCUCCACCGAGCAGCUUUUAAAACAUCCUUUUAUACGCGAUCAGCCAAAUGAAAGGCAAGUCCGAAUCCAGCUUAAGGACCACAUAGACAGGACCAGGAAGAAGAGAGGAGAGAAAGACGAGACAGAAUAUGAAUAUAGCGGAAGUGAGGAAGAGGAGGAGGAAGUGCCUGAACAAGAAGGAGAGCCAAGUUCGAUUGUCAACGUGCCUGGAGAAUCUACCCUCCGACGUGAUUUCCUGAGACUGCAGCAGGAAAACAAGGAACGUUCGGAGGCCCUUCGGAGACAGCAGCUGCUACAGGAACAGCAGCUUCGAGAGCAGGAGGAGUAUAAGAGGCAGCUGUUGGCAGAGAGACAGAAACGCAUAGAGCAGCAGAAAGAGCAAAGGAGGCGGCUAGAAGAGCAACAAAGAAGAGAACGGGAAGCUCGAAGGCAACAAGAGCGUGAGCAGAGGCGAAGAGAACAGGAGGAGAAAAGACGGCUAGAAGACAUGGAGAGGAGGCGUAAGGAAGAGGAAGAGAGGAGGAGAGCAGAGGAAGAGAAGAGGAGAGUGGAGAGAGAGCAGGAGUAUAUCAGGCGACAGCUAGAAGAGGAGCAGCGGCACUUGGAAAUUCUUCAGCAGCAGCUGCUCCAGGAGCAGGCCAUGUUACUGGAAUACAGAUGGCGAGAGAUGGAGGAGCAUCGACAAGCAGAGAGACUCCAGCGCCAGUUGCAACAGGAGCAAGCAUAUCUCCUGUCACUGCAGCAUGAUCAUAGGCGGCAUCAGCAGCAACAGCAGCAGCAGCAAGAAAGGAAUAAACAAAGCUAUCAUGUCCCCGAGCCUAAGUCCCAUUAUGAACCUGCUGAAAGAGCACGUGAGGUGGAGGAUAGAUUUAGAAAAGCUAAUCAGGGGUCCCCUGAAGCACAGUCCAAACAGACGGGCAAAGUGUUGGAGCCACCAGUGCCUUCAAGAUCAGAAUCCUUUUCCAAUGGAAACUCAGAGCCUGUUCAGCCUGCACUGCAAAGACCGAUGGAACCCCAGGUACAGUGGUCCCAUCUGGCAUCUCUCAAGAACAAUGUUUCCCCUGUCUCGCGAUCCCAUUCCUUCAGUGACCCUUCUCCCAAAUUUGCACAUCACCAUCUUCGUUCUCAGGACCCAUAUCCACCUUCACGCAGUGAAGUGCUAAAUCAGAGUUCUGACUCUAAGUCGGAGGUACCUGACCCCACUCAAAAGGCUUGGGCUAGAUCAGACAGUGACGAGGUGCCUCCAAGGGUACCUGUGAGAACAACGUCCAGGUCUCCUGUCCUAUCACGUCGAGAUUCUCCACUGCAGGGCAGUGGGCAGCAGAAUAAUCAAGCGGGGCAAAGAAACUCCACGAGCAAUAUAGAGCCCCGUCUGCUAUGGGAGAGGGUGGAGAAACUUGUGCCGAGACCCGGCAGCGGCAGUUCCUCAGGCUCAAGUAACUCCAGCUCACAGCCAGGGUCCCAUCCUGGAUCUCAGAGUGGUUCUGGUGAACGGUUCCGAAUGAGAUCAUCAUCCAAAUCUGAAGGUUCACCAUCUCAGCGUCAUGAAAAUGCGGCCAAAAAACCUGAAGAGAAGAAGGAAGUCUUCAGACCCAACAAGCCUGCUGGAGAAGUGGAUUUAACUGCCUUGGCAAAGGAAUUGCGAGCUGUAGAGGACGUGCGACCUCCACACAAGGUGACAGACUAUUCAUCAUCCAGUGAAGAGUCGGGGACAACAGAUGAGGAGGAUGACGAUAUGGAACAAGAAGGAGCAGAUGAAUCUACAUCUGGGCCGGAGGAUGCCAGAGCUGUAUCAACUCUGAACCUGAGCAAUGGUGAAACAGAGUCAGUGAAAACCAUGAUUGUCCACGAUGAUGUGGAGAGUGAACCUGCCAUGACGCCUUCCAAGGAGGGUACUUUAAUCGUCCGACAGAGUACAGUUGACACAAAGCGUGCCAGCCAUCAUGAGAGCAAUGGCUUUGCCGGUCGCAUUCACCUCUUGCCAGAUCUCUUACAGCAAAGCCAUUCCUCCUCCACUUCUUCCACCUCCUCCUCCCCAUCCUCCAGCCAGCCGACACCCAUCAUGUCCCCACAGACACCCCAGGACAAGCUAACUACUAAUGAGACUCAGUCCGCUAGUAACACACUCCAGAAACACAAAUCUUCCUCCUCCUUUACACCUUUUAUAGACCCCAGAUUGCUACAGAUUUCUCCAUCUAGUGGGACAACUGUGACUUCUGUGGUGGGAUUUUCUAGUGAAGCCAUGAGGUCAGAGGCAAUAAGGCAAGAUCCCACCAGGAAGGGAUCAGUUGUCAAUGUGAAUCCUACCAAUACACGACCACAAAGUGACACCCCAGAGAUUCGCAAAUACAAGAAGAGAUUCAAUUCUGAGAUUUUGUGCGCUGCCUUAUGGGGAGUGAAUUUGUUAGUGGGAACUGAGAGUGGUUUGAUGCUGCUAGACAGAAGUGGUCAGGGGAAGGUUUAUCCUCUAAUAAACCGAAGACGGUUCCAGCAGAUGGAUGUACUCGAAGGCCUGAAUGUCUUGGUGACAAUAUCUGGUAAGAAGAACAAGUUGCGAGUUUACUACUUGUCCUGGUUAAGAAAUAAAAUCCUACAUAAUGAUCCUGAAGUAGAAAAGAAACAAGGUUGGACAACUGUGGGCGACUUGGAAGGCUGUGUGCACUAUAAAGUUGUAAAAUAUGAAAGAAUCAAAUUCUUGGUAAUUGCUUUGAAGAGUUCUGUGGAAGUCUAUGCAUGGGCACCAAAGCCAUACCACAAAUUUAUGGCCUUUAAGUCAUUUGGAGAAUUGGUACAUAAACCAUUGCUGGUGGAUCUAACUGUAGAGGAAGGUCAGAGGCUGAAGGUGAUCUAUGGUUCCUGUGCUGGUUUCCAUGCUGUUGAUGUCGACUCAGGAUCAGUCUAUGAUAUUUAUCUGCCAACGCAUAUCCAGAGCAGCAUCCAACCACACGCAAUCAUUAUUCUCCCAAACACUGAUGGGAUGGAGCUGCUGGUUUGCUAUGAAGAUGAAGGGGUUUAUGUUAAUACCUAUGGGAGGAUCACCAAAGAUGUGGUUCUGCAGUGGGGAGAGAUGCCCACAUCAGUUGCAUACAUUCGAUCCAAUCAGAUUAUGGGCUGGGGAGAAAAGGCUAUUGAGAUACGAUCAGUGGAAACUGGGCACUUGGACGGUGUGUUCAUGCACAAAAGGGCACAAAGACUCAAGUUCUUAUGUGAACGGAAUGACAAGGUUUUCUUUGCUUCUGUACGGUCUGGUGGAAGCAGUCAAGUUUAUUUCAUGACCCUAGGCAGGACUUCUCUUCUGAGCUGGUAGAAGCCAUGUGAUUUGACAAAGGAUUGCUGACAUCCAGAGUCUUGGAGAUCCUCGUAACUUGGAAUUAUUAGUAACUGGAGUACAGACCUGCACUGAUGCAAGCACUCCAUCUGAAUGUGUGUGCAGGCAUCACUAGUGUUAGGUUUCUUUUUGUUUUUAAACUGAGGCUGCAAUGCAGCUGGUGCUGUAAAGAUAUUACCAUCAGGUGCUAUAAGUCUUUGAGAUUUGGGAUCACACAAGAAAGCAACAGGUCUUUUCCCCGCCCCCCCCCCCCCCCCGCCCCCUUUCAGCUCCAGAAUACCUAGGCUUUGAAUGACUCCAUUUGUUAGUGUGAAAAGAGAGAGGCUCAUCGUGAACACAUUGUUGAUUUGGCAGGAGGCAGGCAAGAGAAGGUGACAAGUGGUGGUGAGAGUCAGUCUUGCUGAAGCAGAGGGCAGAUCUAAUCUAGUAAUGUUAAACAAUGUAUUUAAUUGACAUUUCUUUUUUGUAAUGUGACAAUAUGUGGACAAAGAGGAAGGUGCAGGUUUUAAGAAGUUAAUAUUUAUAAAAUGUGAACGACGCAGUGGCUAGGAUAAUUCCUUUUUUGGGGAUCAGGGUGGGGGGUGAUGGAAUGCUUGGUUUUGGUUGGUUGGUUUCAUUUUGGCCUGGCCAAGAGCUUAGUCAUUUUUCAGUGUACCAGGUUUUGCCUGAAACGUACAGAUGAUAAAAAGUUUGUUCAUUUUCUAUAAUGAUUCUGUGUUAGGACAGAACUUGGUGAUGUCACAGUAUUAGCACUGCCUCAGUUAAAGGUUUAAUUUUUGUUUAAACCUAGAAGUGCAACAACAGUUUUACCACAGUCUGCACUUGCAGAAUGGGAAAAAAAAAAUUCCAAACAACAUAUGUUUAUUUUUUGUGCCUACCUCAUUGUUUUUAAUGCAUAAAAGAGGUGGUUUAGUUUAUACGUUUUUAGAGGAAAAACCAUUAGUCUAAUUUAAUCUUAAUACCAAAACUACCAGAUGAAAGGUUUGACUGUUAUUCUGUAGCAAGUUUCAGCAGAAGAGGAGAGUAGUCCAUUGAAAUGGUUUAAAUAGCCUUAUGGCAAUGAGACACUGACUAAUGUAAUUGCUUACUAAGUUUGGAAAUCAAAUAUUUUUAGCAACUUCAUCCGUAAUGGAAGAUUGAUGAAUUUAGCCUAAAACCAGAGGUUUCACUCUUCUAACCUGUGGGCUUAGUAACAGGCAGGUAACAGUAACUAGUCUAGUUCUAUAAACUGUUAAAUGUUGUAGGAAACAUUUUGGGGAGGUGAUGUUUUUCUUUUCUAAGAAUGCAAUGCACUAAAACUAUUUUAAGAAUGUAGUUAAUACUGCUUAUUCAUAAAACAGCAUAUACUUGUGUUUAGGUGUAAGAUCCCAGCUCUGGCUCCCCCCCCCCUUUUUUUUUAAAGUCAGUUUUAUUUUAUGAAUAAGUUUCUGACAUUUGUAAUAAAUGUCUCAAGAGUAAUAGUUUGUUUAAUGGCUACAUGUUCAUUACUUGAGAAAUCUUGAGUGUAUAAUAAUCUGUUGGUGAUGUAAUAAUGCACAGUGUCAGGAUUCAACCAUUUUUAUUUUAUUUUAUUUUAUUUUAUUUUAUUUGUUUUGGUGGGGUACUUUGUUGACAGCUGCCUUAAGCUGUUCAUUCAGUGAACAGGCUCUCAGUGUUUCACGGGCUUUGUCUUCUGCUGUGCUUAAUUCACUUUCAUGGCAUGACAGGUAGGGCUUUUUAAACAUUCUUUAAUCAAACAGAUUGAUUGAUUGUUCAAGUGACUGGUCACUUGAUUGCUUUAACAGUAACAGCACCAACUGGGCAAGUGUUUUACUUGAGGAACCCUUCUUUUGGCAUCAACCCUGACUGCUGUAAAUUCUUCUGAUCUAAUCAGCGUUUUUGCUGAAAGUUCUCCUUUGAACAUCAGAUACAGUUUAAAAGGGAGCUGGUGUACGUACACACACACACACACACACACACACACACACACACACACACACACACACACAC